AUGCAUAUUAUAGGAUAUAUUAUCCCUGCUAUUGUUUCAACAUUAGUAAUCGGAAGUGUAUCUGGAAUGCCGGUCAUAACGUUUGAAUGUCCAUCUGGUCAACCAAUGGCAUCAAUAUGUCCAGGAGAUGAAAGCGCUGUAUGCAUCACCAACAAUUGCGGUGAAUGCGAUGCUGUGUGGUUUGGAACUGAUGGUAAACGAGCACAAUGCUAUGGAAAAUCUGAUUGUCCACCUGGUCGAGUUGGACCUCAAUGUCCUAGAAAUCCAUGCGACGAAGCAACAUGUUCAACAUAUUCUGAUGCUAAAUGUGUUCCAAACUAUUGUGGAGGCUGCUAUGCUGAAUGGUUCAAAUCCAGUGGAGAAAAAGUACAAUGUAGUACCACAAGUGUACUUGGAACAUCAGCUGAAAGGAUUCAAUGUCCAUCUGGUAAACGAAUUGUGAAUUGUUUCGUAGAUCCAUGCUUGGUAUCAAAAUGUCCAGGUGAUAAAAAUGCUAAGUGCGUCUCUAACUAUUGCGGUGGAUGCAAUGCUGUGUGGUACAGAGCUAAUGGUAGACCAGCAAAAUGUUUUCGAAAAUCUACUUGUCCACACGGUCGGUCUAAAGUUCGAUGUAAAAAAGAUCCAUGUCAAGGAGCAACAUGUCCAGAAUAUCCUGACGCUGAAUGUGUUCCAAAUUAUUGUGGAGGCUGCUAUGCUGAAUGGUUCACAUGCGAUGGACGAAAAGUACAAUGUAGAACCACAAGUAUACUUGGAACACCAGUUGAAAAACUUAAAUGUCCACCUGACCAACCAAUGAAAUCCACAUGUCCAGGUGACAAAAAUGCUACAUGCGUCUCUAACUAUUGUGGCGGAUGCAAUGCUGUUUGGUAUGGGGUGAACGGUAAGCCAGCAAACUGUGAUAAUACAUCUCGAUGUCCACCCGAUAAGCCUCCAGUUCCAUGUUUUGCAGAUCCAUGUGAAGGAGCAACAUGUCCAGUAUAUCCUAACGCUAAAUGUGUCCCGAAUUACUGUGGAGAUUGCUAUGCUGAAUGGGUCAAAUGCAAUGGACAAAAAGUAAUAUGUUCAAGCAUUAUUUAA